AUGUUGUCUCGUGUCGCUCGUCCGAAAAAUGUCGUCCAUCUGCGACUCUUAUCCGGCCGUCGGGCGUUGUGUCCAUCAUUGGCCACGCUACGCCUUCACUCUCACGCCAGUCGACCGACAUCUCUAGCAAAUUCUCCAACGACAGUCACUCACGAGCGUCGGCGCCGUCCUUCCUUCCAAUCCAACCGCAACCUCGCCACCGCCGCAGAUCAAUCCGCCAUCGAACAAUCCCCCUAUUCGCCCUUCGAAAACUCUUCCUACCCUGUCGGCAGAUCAUACGAGCAAUUGUCAUCGCUCUUCCCGCCGCUGGCACAGGACUUUGACCCGUCGUCAUUGAUUAUCGUGGAUGAUGCGUUGCAGACGAAACCGCGCGUGCUGCGGAAGGUCAAGGGCAUCGGUGGCGACGAAGAUGAGAUGAUGGCAAACCUCGACGUCUCCCUGAAGGUCGGCCGGUUUGACCGCGCCGCCAGCCUGGUCACUCGUCUCGGGGAAUACUACCCCGUCGGCUCGCCGGAAUAUCUGGCCCUGCAUAAUCGGUAUCUCGAGGCGAUGGUCUCUCAUAUGAUUGUUACCCGCCAACACAACAUGGUCCUGCCGCUGCAGCGGUGGUUCGAGGUCGAUAUGCCGGCUGGUGGAGUCCAGGCGGAUGCGACGACAUUUGCUAUCAUGAUCCGCAUGGCGCUCCGCAUGUUCCACGGUGGCAAGCGGGACCGGUCAGUUCGGAGAUACUGGGAAUUUGCGAAGAAGGCUUCUGUCGAGGAGGAGGUUUUGGCAGUCCCAGUAUUGUCGGAAUUGGAGCUGGGUGAACUUUCCGAGAUCUGCUCUUCGGACCUCCGACGAGUCGCGAUUGGGAGCAUCCAUGCCGAUACCAACGAAUUGAACCCGACUCCUGAGAACGACGUAGUUGCUGCAAUCCGGCCCGUUGAUCAGAAGGGUCUGGGCCUUUCUUCGCUACAGGAAUCCCUCGAGCUUUUCACGAAAGGCUCCGACAUCGCUGUUCCGUCCAACCCUGCCUAUACGAAAGAGGAAAACAUGGACCUCUACAACCAACUCAGACAACAGCAACUCGAGGCGAACUCCAUCCGGUCGUCCCUGGAGCGCUGGCGUCAGGAAUUCAACGACAGACAGAAAUCGGGCAUCGAUGCGACCGCUGGCGGGAAGCGUUUGGGCUCCAUUAUGAACCAGUGGCACAGUGAUCUCGUUUCUCGGAUUCAGGAGGAACUCAAGCUGAUCGAGGAAGCCGAGUCCAACCCUGUGCGCACAUUCGAACAGAAGGAACGCUGCGAAUACGGCGUGUUCUUGCGCAGUCUCGAUCCGGAGCGGCUCGCAGCUCUCACAAUCCUGGCGGUGAUCUCUACAUUUAGCCGCGGUGGUAUGGAAAAAAGCAUUAAGGUUUCAGCGAUCGUCACGACGAUCGGAAAGGAACUACAGGACGAGUUGAUCGCCGAGAAGACGCUGCAGAAACAAUCUGGGGCAGAUGCUCGCCGGGUGAAGGCUGUUAAGGAGAUGCUGGCGGGCCGCAAGCAAAAGGACGGUCGAGCGCGGUGGCAGAACAUCGUUCGCAGCCUGGAGCAGGAGGAUCCCACGGUCGUCUGGCCGCCCCGUGUCAAGGCUAAAAUCGGGGCCGUCCUGAUGAGUCUGCUGUUUGAGGUUGGAAAGGCUCCUGUGGCCAUGCAGCACUCGCAAUCCAAAAAGCAAGAAGUCACGAUGCAGCCCGCCUUCCAGCAUUCUUACCAGAUCUCGUGGGGAAGAAAAGGUGGAUAUAUUCAUCUUCACCCGGAAAUCGUCAAAAUCAUCACCAAGGAGCCCACCGCAGAUUUACUCGGCCGCCAUUUGCCCAUGAUCUGCAAACCCAAGCCUUGGGGCGGAAUGAAAGACGGAGGCUACUUCCUCUACCAGAACAACAUCGUGCGCUCUACUCCGGGCGAGACGUUACAGCCAUCCUAUAUGAAGGCUGCCCUACAGAAUGACGGACUGAAGCAGAUCCGGGAAGGCCUGGAUAUUCUGGGGAGCACGGGGUGGACAAUCAACCGGGACGUCUUCGAUGUGAUGCUCGAGGCGUGGAACUUGGGCGAACCGAUUGCCAACCUCUCCCCUCUGGAGCCUGACUUGCCUCAUCCCCCGCGACCGGCGCCUGAAGAGGGCUACGAAGCGGAGAAGAAGUGGGACAAUGCGAUGCGUGAUAUUGAGAACCGCCGUGCAGGUAUGCACUCCAACCGAUGCUUCCAGAAUUUCCAGAUGGAAGUCGCACGAGCCUAUCGAAACGAGACGUUUUACCUUCCUCACAACAUGGACUUCCGUGGGCGUGCAUAUCCCCUUCCACCCUACCUGAACCAGAUGGGUGCAGACAACGCGCGGGGUCUUCUCCUAUUUAGUGAAGCCAAGCCGCUUGGCACCACCGGUCUGAAAUGGUUGAAGAUUCAGAUUGCCAACUUGGCGGGUUUCGACAAGGCUAGUCUUUCGGAGCGCGAGAAAUUCGCCGACGACCACCUGGACGACAUCCUCGACUCCGCUAACAAGGGUCUGCAUGGCCGACGAUGGUGGCUCAAUGCCGAGGAUCCAUGGCAGUGCCUGGCUGCCUGCUGCGAGCUGCGCAACGCCCUGCAGUAUCAGAACCCCGCAGAAUACCCCUCCCGCUUGCCGAUCCAUCAAGACGGCUCCUGUAACGGUUUGCAGCACUAUGCAGCACUUGGUGGCGAUAGUAUCGGUGCGCAGCAAGUCAAUCUGGAGCCGUCCGACCGCCCGUCCGAUGUGUAUACUGGUGUCGCCGAAUUCGUCAAGGCCGCGGUCGCGCGCGAAGCGGCACGGGGUGACCCCGUGGCCAAGUUCCUUGAUGGACGAAUCACACGAAAGAUUGUCAAGCAGACGGUCAUGACCAACGUCUAUGGUGUGACAUUUAUGGGAGCUAUGAAGCAAGUGCGCAAGCAACUGGUCGACCAUUAUCCGGACUUGUCUGCCGAACAGAAGCAGACUGGUGCGUUGUACAUCGCCCGCAAGAUCUUCGAGGCUCUGGGCACGAUGUUCAACGGCGCCCACGAGAUUCAGUACUGGCUUGGGGAUUGUGCCAGUCGCAUCACGCAAUCCCUGUCUCCAGAGCAAAUCGAGGAGGUAGCCAAAGAGGUCCUGACGCCGACGAAAUCGACGACUGGGUCGAAGGGGAAACUCAAGGAUCCCUCAGAGAAGUUCCGUUCUACGGUGAUUUGGACGACUCCGUUGGGGAUGCCGGUCGUGCAGCCCUACCGGACGCGCAAGGCUCGGCGGAUCCACACGACCCUCCAGGAUCUAAGCAUUGUGGAUAUGAGUUCGGAGGACCCCGUGUCGAAGCGCAAGCAGCUCCAGGCGUUCCCGCCGAAUUUCAUCCACUCACUCGACGCGACGCACAUGAUCAUGUCGGCGACGGCAUGCCACCGCGCGGGACUGAGCUUCUCUGCGGUGCACGAUUCCUUCUGGACGCACGCCUGCGACGUGGACAAGAUGAGCCACAUCCUGCGAGAGGCGUUCGUCCGGAUGCAUUCGGACGAUGUGGUGAAGCGCCUGGCGGCGGAGUUCGAUGUUCGGUACGGGCAGAACCUGUUCCUGGCCAAGGUGGACGUGACGAGCAAACUCGGCAAGGCCAUCCGGACUCACCGCCGGCGGGCGAACCAGAAGUCGGCCAAGGUGCAAGAAUUGCUGGACGAGUACAAGCGGCAGAAGCUUCUCAAGUCAGACGACCCGGAGCUGCAGGCGCAGGGACGGGCGAUGGUGACGGCGGCCAGCAUUUUUGAGGAAAUGGGCGGCAGUGACCGAGACCUGGCGAUCUCUAGCUCGCUGGGCGAGACGGCCGUGGGUCAUGUCCCCGAGGACUUGGCGACCGCGGAGCGGAAACCGACGGGAGGCAUGGAGACGGAUACAUCGGAUCCAGCCCUGGAGAGUCUGCUGACGGAUUUCAACGAUGAGCUCGGCUCGAAGGCAAACCCGGUCGAGUACGCUAGUGAGGCGGAACACGAGGAGGGAGAAGUGGCGGUGGAGCCGAAGCAGCAGCAGCAGAAGAAGCGCAAGACCACGGCCAUCCACACCUGGCUGUGGUUGCCGCUUCGGUUCCGGGAAGUACCCCGCAAAGGGGCCUGGGAUCUGACACGCAUUCGUGACAGUAAAUAUUUCUUUUCGUGA